AUGGAGACAGUGCAAGACAUGGAAGUGGAUGGGCAUGAGGUUGAGCAACAACAAUAUUUAAAUGAGAAGGCGCUAUAUGAUGUGUCUAGUGGUGCCCCGAGAAAGCAUGGGCGUCUUGCCAUAGCACAUGAGCUACGUCGUGCAAAUGGAAGGCUAGAACAAGAGAAUCGUGACAAGGACAAUGCUUUGCAGCAAAGCAACGUUCUUGUAGGCUUGGUACUGGCAGCUGGUUCUCUUCAUGCUGCCUCGAGAAUCGACAACAAUGCUAAUGAUGUUUGCCACACCAAUGAGGAUCUCCAUCUUUGUAAACAUUGGCAACAAUCAAGGUUCGACAACAAUGGAGAUCAUGCAUCGAUAAUCUGA